GUCCAUUGCUGUUGAAAAUUAUGAAAGCUUUAUUACAGCAGCCAACUUACAACAGAAGAAAGAAAAGAAAAGAAAAACAAAGAGAACAUAAACACAAAGCCAUAACAUAAACCCAUUUCCACCAUUACCGUCUUCCCUUUCAGAAGCUUCUCUCUCUCAUGCUUCUUCAAGCUUAAUUAAACCUUCUCAAUCAUCUUUCUUACCCAAACAAAGGGAACUUUGAAUCAUGGGUUGCUGUGGAUCUUCAUUUCUAGCUGAAACUCAUCCUGAGAAAGACCAUACCAUAACCAAACAAACCCAACCUAAUCAAAGCCAUCCAUCACCUUCUUCUCUUCUUGACCCUUCUACUGGAAUCCCUUCUUUCUCCGAAUUUUCCUUUUCUGACCUUAAAGCAGCCACCAAUAACUUCAGUUCUGAUAAUAUCGUCUCUGAAAGCGGCGAAAAGGCACCUAAUCUUGUCUAUAAGGGUCGUCUUCAAAACCGCCGUUGGAUCGCUGUCAAAAAGUUUACUAAGAUGGCUUGGCCUGAUCCUAAGCAGUUUGCGGAGGAGGCAUGGGGUGUAGGAAAGCUGAGGCAUAAAAGGCUUGCUAAUUUGAUUGGGUACUGCUGUGAUGGGGAUGAAAGGCUGCUUGUUGCUGAGUACAUGCCCAAUGAUACUUUAGCUAAGCAUUUAUUUCACUGGGAAAAUCAAACAAUUGAAUGGGCAAUGCGUUUAAGAGUAGCUUUCUACAUUGCUGAAGCAUUAGAUUAUUGCAGUUCUCAGGGUCGUCCAUUAUACCAUGAUUUAAAUGCAUAUAGGGUUCUGUUUGACGAGGAUGGAGAUCCACGCCUAUCAUGUUUUGGCUUGAUGAAGAAUAGCAGGGAUGGGAAAAGUUAUAGUACAAACCUUGCCUACACUCCUCCUGAGUAUCUAAGAAAUGGAAGAGUCACCCCUGAAAGUGUUAUGUAUAGUUUUGGUACUGUUCUUCUGGAUUUGCUAAGUGGAAAGCAUAUCCCUCCAAGUCAUGCUCUUGAUAUGAUUAGGGGAAAAAAUAUCAAUCUGUUAAUGGACUCACAUUUGGAGGGAAAGUUUUCCACAGAAGAAGCAACUGUGGUUGUUGAUCUUGCCUCUCAAUGUUUGCAAUAUGAACCUAGAGAACGGCCUAGCACAAAGGAUCUUGUUGGAACACUGGCUCCCCUGCAAAUGAAACCUGAUGUUCCAUCAUAUGUAAUGCUUGGAAUUGCAAAACAUGAGGAAGCACCGCCAACUCCUCCACGUCCUCUCUCACCAAUGGGUGAGGCCUGUUCACGGAUGGAUCUCACAGCAAUUCAUCAGAUCUUGGUUAUGACACAUUAUAAAGAUGAUGAGGGAACGAAUGAGUUAUCUUUCCAAGAAUGGACACAACAAAUGAGAGAUAUGCUGGAGUCAAGGAAACGAGGGGACUUUGCAUUCCGUGAUAAAGAUUUUAAAACUGCCAUUGACUGUUAUUCCCAGUUCAUAGACGUAGGAACAAUGGUUUCUCCAACUGUUUUUGCACGGCGCAGUCUUUGUUAUCUUUUAUGCGAUCAACCAGACGCCGCCCUUCGAGAUGCAAUGCAAGCACAAUGUGUAUAUCCGGAGUGGCCAACAGCCUUUUACAUGCAGUCAGUUGCCCUUGCCAAACUAGACAUGCAUAAUGAUGCCGCCGACAUGUUGAAUGAAGCUGCUGCACUAGAAGAAAAGAAACAACGAGGUGGGAAAGGAUCAUGAGACUUAACUAUAUCAUCAAUAAAAGAUCUCGAUCACAGAGUAUUAUUGAGGCCACGCAAGUUUGUGUAAAAUUUGAGCUCUGAAUUGAUUUGUUUUAUUGAUAAAAGAAAAUGUAAUAUAGCGAGACACUUAGUUUCAUUAAUGCAUGUGUAAUUUUCCCUCUUUGAAGGGAAGCAAUUGAGAUAGAUAUGAUCUCUAUUAGUUCUUGAACAUCUUCCGUCCUGAUUUUCUUACUGUUUUUAGUAGAGAAAUUCCACAGAUGACUUAAAGUUCA